CCUUUGAGGCAGACAGUACCUCUACAAAGAGGUUGAAGCUCGUCAUGCAAACCCUACUUGGGUUUCAUUCCAUCGGAAGUCCAUGCUCACGCCACUUUCUUCUUCACUGGUAUCAAGUCUUUCCACUCUUUUGCCACUCUUUGAGCCCAAUGAUUUUGGGAAUCGUCGACUAGGAUUUCAUCUCUGUGUCUUUGACGCAGCGCGGAGUUGUUGUUGUUGAGAUAUGUCUGUGAUACUGUGUGCUGGGGUGUGAAGUAGAAUUUGUAGGAGUUUGAGGUGGUGUGGAGUUGGAGGAAACUGAGAGUGUGAUGAAUCGGAUGCGGGGGAGAGAUAGGGCGGAGUAGUGGAGGAGUGACACGGUGUGAUGAGGUUUUGAUGUGAAGAGGAGGAAGGGGGCGGGGGAGGUGGUGAAGAUGAGAGGGGGGAGGUUUCAAGCGAAGAGCAACGAGGACGCAAAUGUGCGGAAUGCCGAGGCGUUGUUCGAAGCGAAGACGGUCGUGGAGAUCCGUGAAGUUGAAUCGCUGACGCGCAAUGAGAUUGAGGCGAAGAAAGAGGAUCUUCGACAGCUUGUUGGCGCUAGUUACCGCGACUUGAUCGAGUCGGCGGACUCGAUUUCGCUCAUGAAGGAGUCAUGUCAGGCGGUGGUUGCCAACAUUGGCAAGAUGGAGCGGGGAUUUGAGGAUUUGAACCGGAGCGUGAGUGUGAAUGUGUCAAGUCCUGGUGCGGAUAGUGAGCGAAGGAGGAGAGAGAGUUUGUAUGGAGUUGGCUCUAGGGUUAAGUAUCUCGUGGAUACGCCGGAAAAAAUCUGGGGAUGUUUGGACGAGCAUAUGUAUUUGGAGGGCGCGGAACGGUACUUACGAGCCAAGGAAGUGCACUCGCUUUUGACUGGGAUUGGAGCGAAGGAGAAACUGCUUGGGAGGUUUCCACUUCUACACCAGCAGUGGCCCUUGAUUGAGAGAUUCCGAGGGCAAAUCUCAAAGCGUAGUAAGGACAGAUUGCAGGAGCCAGAAUUGAGCGUCGAUAAUUAUGCGGUUGCUCUGGCCGCUUGCGGCAUCAUCGAUGAGCUUAAUUCCUCGCAGAUCUUCGCUCUGUUUCUUGAGUCGCGCAAGUUGUGGUUGAGGUCGCACUUGCGUGCGUGGAUGCAGGAGAGGAAUUCAGGGAAGAAUGGAGGAAAGGUUGAUAACACAGUGGAUGUGGCAACGGCCCUUUGCAAGCUGAUGCAAAUGAUCCAGACCUCCUUGUGUCAGAUCGGGAUAUUGUUCCUGGAGAUUUCGACUGGGAAGAUGCCUCUGCUCUACAACACUGUUUUGGCAGCUCCGCCGGGUUCACAGCUCUUCGGAGGGAUUCCGAAUCCUGAAAUGGAGGUUGCCGCGUGGAAGAAAUACAGAGAGAAGCUCGAGAGUAACAUGGUUUCUUUGACAGGAGCAUAUAUUUCCGAAGCCUGCGUGGAGUGGCUUAAGGAUUGCACGGAAGAGAUUGCUGUAGAAGCGCGACCGUUGAUAACAUUAUUAAGGACAGGUAAGGAAUUGGCUUAUGUCGAAGGUUUGGUGCGUGAGGAUAUGAAUAAACAUGGAGCAUUGUCAGAGAGCAUUGAUUGGCUGCAAGGCACCUUCGGAAAAUCAAUAGACUCUCCAUGGGACUGCAUUUGUGAGCUUCUCUUGAAGUCUCCCACAAAUCUGUGGGACAAGCUGUUUGAGGAAUUGUUUAUCAACCAGAUGAAGACCAACACAAAAUUGGGUUUCGCCGCAAUCAACGUGGAAGACAUGGUCGACAAUUGUCUUGAGGCAAUGAGUCCAGCGACUCCUUUAGAAGAAACUUAUAAGAAGCAAGUGUCAACGGCAAAGGCAGGCGACAACGUCUUGAAGGGUCCGAAUCUUCAUUCCAACGGAAUUCUACAUUGGAAUUCUGUUGCUGUGCAGAACGAGUGGAACGGUGACGCCCUAUUCUUUUUCACACCACAGGUCACAAAUGUGAAGGACAAAGUGGAUGAAAGUCUUAGAUCAAUACUCAAUGACUUAGUAAGCUUUUUGCAAGGGCCUUAUGUACAGAUUAGAACAGAUUCACUAGCGCCUUAUCUACAGGAACAGUGUUUCCAGUGGAUGUCAGGCGUAAUUAAGGUGCUUCAAACUCGAUUCUUGAAGCUUUCUGAGGACUUUGACAAGGCAGCUGCUGAAGAAUCGAACUUGACCGUAGAGAGUCCAAAGCAUGCCUUGGAAGGCACCUUUCAGAGCAGGCUAGUCAGUAGAGGUGGCGUCGAAGUCCAUGCAUCAAAGACAAGAAGGAUCUCAAAGGUGGUUGAACGAGCUCUAUUUCUGGGUCGACUUUCUGCAGCUUUAGGAGGUCAUUCUACUUCUCUGGCUUCUCUUUUAGGGUCUACCACAUCGUGGACUGAUCCUCUUCGUCAAUCCUCAAAUAUGGUUUCGUCUCAGAUAAUGCGACAAUCAUUGUGGUCUGAAACAAACUCUAGUUUUGAGGGUCCUUUGAAGUGGUCCUCCAGAAUGAGAGUGAGGGUCGCGGCAGGGUCAGCUUCUGACGAUGGGGCAGUAAAAUUACGAGAGUUGCAAAAGGGUUUAAGGCAGCAGAGUAUUGCUGCUCAUCGGAUGUGGGUUCGUUGGAGCACUGAUGGCUUAGCUGGCACGUUCUUAAGGGAUCUGCACCAAGAUGAAUGCUUGUCCACUCCCACACCACUCAAGGGAUGGGAAGAGACUGUAAUCAAGUCUAUUGGAGAUGACGACGUGGAAGUAGACGCGCGUAUAUCUGUACCAGCUAUGCCGUCAUCUUAUGUUGUUGCAUUUCUGUUCGCUGGUUGCCGAGAAAUUCAUCGGAUCGGCGGUCACGUCCUAGACAGAUCUGUUUUGGAGUUGUUCGCUUGGGAACUUUUAGAGAAGGUUCUGGCAAUAUAUGAGAAGUUCAUAUCUCAUCCUUCUUUCAUGAACUCACGUGUCUCAGAGAAGGGCUUGCUGCAGCUCCUUUUUGACCUGAAGUUUCUAGCAGAUGUGCUUUCAGGGGGCCAAGAUGUGAAUGUUGAAAGCUUACGUGCAGUAGGAACUCAGGAUCUAGCUCCUUCCUCUGCACUGAAGGGACCUACGAGUUUGAAAGCAGAUGUUGGCCGCCAGAGGUGGAUCAACAAAUUGCUGGAUGAUUUACAUAAUCGUAUUGACCCUAUCGAUUGGGCUACGUACGAAUCUUACUUGUGGGAGCAGGAGCGGCGAUAUUACCAAAGCUGUGCUGUGCUCUUUGGCUCCCUGAUCCAGUUGAAACGCCUCCACACCGAUGUUCCACAAAAAGUCAUGUCUACAGGAGAGACUAAUACCCUGAAUAUGUCUGCAACUGUUCCGCGUUUCACUUACCUGCCUAUCAGUGCUCCCUUGUUUUCAGUUACAAAAGCAUCCCCAAUGAGGUCUCGACGAACCCAAUCACAAGAGGAAAAAGAUGCAGUUUGGAGAGCAUCAGUGCAUAGUGAUGAUGCUUCUACGUUCUCCUUUUCUGAUUCACCAUCUCAGAAUUCUCAAGGAUCUGCCAAGUUACUGCAGCAACUCAUGGGAGUGGGAACUAAGUUUGGGGAGGGAACGAUUGGGAAGCUGCUUAGCGACGGGCAAGUGAAUCGGUUUAAGGACAAGUCCGCUGCAGCUAUUUCUACGUUUGGUGAUAUGCUGCCAGCGCAAGCAGCUGGACUUUUCUCCUCCCUAGGAAGUGCAAUGAAACAAGACUCAAAAUACGAUAUAUUAAUAGGUUCAACAGCGAGUAACCCUUUCUGAGGACUAUGGCUUCACGUGCAUUCUUUUACGGAGUCUUCCUGCAUGGGCCACACUAAUGUCGGAACUGCACUCAGGGUGCAUUUUCAGAUGUUCUACAUUAGGAUUAUUCAGAUGUUGAACAAAUCUUGGGUGUUUAGUACAAAGAGUAUUUGGUCAGAAGGCCUGCCCGGAAGUCCCAUGCAGUGUAUCUGUGGUGAUGUAGGGUUGGACAGUUGAUCAUGGGUGCAGGAGAGGAAAAAGAACGCGCUUUAAGCUAAUUAUAAUUCUUUGGUAGUAUGUUUUCCCUGUUAGGUCUACACUUUGUUGAUUAAGAGAGGGAAAACACCAUUUUUCUUGUGUUCUUUGCUAUUCCUUCUGUUUCUCCUAGUGCUAUUCUACUGUCUGAAGGUUUGUGAAGCUUCUCAUGAUCGUUUUGAAUACAAACGUGGGAUUCAGUUUCUGCUUU